CACAUCAUGGCUCGAGCUGCGCUCCUGAUUGUGGCUAUCCUUGUUGGAUUAUGCAUGACAUAUUCAGAUGGUGUUGAAGGUGGCGACCAGACAAAAGUAAAAACAGAAGAGACGGAAAUGUACAUGUCCAUACUUUGCUCACCAUUACCACCGCACUUGUCUCCAUCUUCUUCAGUUCAUGCUCUGACACCUACUGAUAUCACCACUGUUUAUACCUUGGGAAUACCAGAUUCAAACAGGGAUGAAGCCUCCAGAAUUAUCAGUAGACUAGCUGAGUUGCUGUCCAUGUUUAACCCCACGGUGAUUGCUCAACAAUCAGCUCAGAGCUCAUCACAGUCCAGGAGUUUACUGGAAGAAGCCGAGGAUCUUUCACUCUCCCUUUCACAUCAGGUGGAAGACUGGAAGCUUGUGCUGCUGUUUGUGCCUGCAGAUUUCAUAUGUGCCUGUUCGUCACAUGUUGAAGAAGAUAUUGAGGCUGCAGUGCAAGAAGUGGAAGCAGCUCUGCAGAUACUGCAGAAACGGCUGCAUCGUACUUUAGUUCAUGUGGUCACCUGGAGUGGAUAUCAUCAGCAAGAUAACACGUGUGAGUGUAAUGCCAAACGCCUAUAUAAAGCAACUCUCCUGAAAGCACUGCAGGAUACUCUGAGCCAUGUCUUCAAAAAUCCAAAGUGGAAUAACAACGGUGCAGACUUCACUGUUAUGUUGCAUUCAGCCCCCACUAUCCUUGACCCCCAAUCAGACUCUUCUAGCCUUGACCAGUUGACUAUUCAACUCUGGACAAACCUGCUUCAGCCACUGACAAGUGAGCCCAAGGUUACAGACAGAAAUGCCAUAACUUUUCCUUGCCCUAACCAGGAGCGUCCUUUCCUGCGUACACAGAUUAAUUCCCCUCCUGAAACAGUGGGGGAAUUUUACAACAAAGCAGCAGUUCAAGAGAUGGGUACCGAGAUACCUUGCACAGACCGUAACCCGUCUAACACCGUACCCACAUCGGUUAAUGAGCUCAAACCUGGAGACAUCAAGGUGGUGGCAGCGCUUGGUGACUCUCUAACAGCGGCCAAUGGCGUAGGUGCAAAAUCAGAUAACUUGUUGUUACUGCUUAAUCAGUACAGAGGAUUGUCAUGGAGCGUUGGUGGUGACCAAAACAUAACCACUGUGACAACUCUGGCCAACAUCCUGAGGGAGUUUUCCCCCUCCCUGACUGGAUUCUCUACAGGAAUCAGUGGACAGAACGAUGCUAAAGCCUUUCUCAAUCAGGCUGUUCCAGGAGCAAAGAGCGAUGACAUGGCAGGACAGGCGCGCAUCCUAGUGGACAAAAUGAAAAGCGAUUCGCGUAUCGAUUUCAACAAUGACUGGAAAGUUAUCACCAUGUUCAUUGGUGGAAAUGACAUAUGCGACUACUGCAAGGACACUAUCUAUUACUCACCCAGGAACGUGGUCCGUCGGAUCAGUGAAGGUCUAGACAUACUCCACCGUGAAGUGCCUCGUGCCGUUGUUAAUCUGGUAGAGCUGUUUAGCGUCAAACAGCUACGUGAUCUGCACAGUGAUUCGACUUUGGGGUGUCCAACUUGGCUUGCAAAUAUGUUUUGCUCCUGUGCCCUGAGUCCUAAAGACGGAUCAGCUGAACUCGAGAUGCUUGAGACCUACAACACAGGCUACCAGGUUGGCAUGCAACAGCUCGUUGACUCUGGGCGGUAUGACACGCAUGGUAACUUCACUGUGAUACUGCAGCCCUUCCUUAGAGGGCUUUCUCUUCCCAAGUUACAGGACGGCCGGCCCGAUCGCUCUUACUUUGCCCCUGACUGUUUUCAUCUCAGCCAGAAAGCUCACACACUCAUGGCCCGUGGUCUGUGGAACAAUAUGCUUGAGCCACUGGGCAGCAAGACUUCUACACAAAACUUCACAGCUGGUGUUGAUUUGAUUUGUCCCUCUGAGACAGUCCCAUUCAUUAGGACGGCUGUUAAUAGCGGCUACACCUUUCCAGGCCCACCACCCACUCCUGCUCCAGUCCAGAACUGGGGGAGUGACUUCUCCUGUUCAAACACGGCACCGUCCAACUCUGUGCCCACUUCAGCUCACAAGGUGCGACCAGCAGACAUCAAGGUAGUGGCUGCUCUGGGAGACUCUUUAACGGCCGCCUUUGGUGCUAAAUCACAAAGUCUGGUGGAGCUAAGUACUGAGUACAGAGGAGUGUCGUGGAGCAUUGGAGGUGAUGAUACUCUUGAGACUGUCACAACAUUACCCAAUAUCCUUAAGAAGUUUAAUCCUGAUGUCCAAGGAAUGUCAAAGGGGACAGGAAAAAAGGAGGCUGGUUUCAAUGUGGCCGUAUCGGGCGCUAAAAUAUCACAAAUCCCUGCACAGGUCAGAAGCCUUAUUGAUGCCAUGAAAGAGGACCCAGCCGUGGAUUUUGAGAACGACUGGAAGCUUGUGACCCUCUUCAUCGGAGGGAAUGACCUGUGUCAAUACUGCAACGAUCGGGCCAUGCACUCACCUAAGAACUACAGCUAUCAUAUGAUGACAAGCUUGGACAUGCUGUACAAUGAGGUUCCCAGGACGAUUGUGAACGUGCUGGGGAUCCUGGAAAUUGAAGGUCUUCGCAAGAUCAAUAAGGACACCCUAGGGUGCAAUGUGGUGCAACAGUUUGUCUGCCGAUGCUUCUUGGACCCGGGAGAGAAUUCACCAGAGCUGGCAGAAGCAAAACGAAUCAAUCGGGAAUACCAGACUGAAACCGAAAAAUUGUUGGAUGGAGGUCGCUAUGACGACAAAGAGGAUUUUGCUGUGGUUCUCCAGCCUUUUUUUAAAAGCACCAUCUUACCUUUCAAUGCUGAAGGCCAACCUGAUGUCACAUACUUCUCCCAGGACUGUUUCCACUUCAGUGAACGGGGACAUGCUGACAUGGCUGUAGCUGUGUGGAAUAACAUGAUGGAACCAGUUGGGGAAAAACAGACGUAUAACGCCUUUUCAAAUGGCAGAGACAGAAUCAAGUGUCCCACUGAGGAACAUCCUUACAUCUUCACAAAGAUAAACAGUGUGGCUCCUGCAGUCACAGCCACACCACCCAUAACUGACAUCACACCACAAGCCUCGGGCAAUCCAAAGUGUCCUAACACUGUGCAAGCAUGGCUCGCUGCUGUGCUGGCGGUUGUUGGCCUUCUGAUUGGUUCAGCUGUCACCUGGCUCCUCUUCUCCUACAAAGCCAGGAAGAACAAGAAGAAGAUGAUGACUUCGGGGCAGAUGAAGGGCACAGAAUUUUAACUUUGUUAUGUUUUUUCAUGGGACUAACUAGGGGGGGAAGGGGGGGGGGGAUAAAGAGCUACUCAAACAUUGACAAUGAGGCUGUUUUUCAAAACUGUACAAUGUUAUAUAUGAUCCUG